AUGCAUAUUACCCAGGUCUGCACUGUAUUUUGGUUCUUUCUUACUGCUGUCGUGGCUUUUCCCCAGCAGACCGCCACAGGUACAACAACCGCGCCUCCGGCGACGAUCACCAAGGCUGCCUCACUCACCUGCUCAGCUGGCCAAACCCCUGUCUACACGACAGACUGUACGAUGGGAACUCCCGUGUCAUACUGUGCUAUACCGGAGCCCCCAAUCCAGUGCUCCGAUGGAUACUUUCCUUCCGUUUGGCACCCAGGUCACUGCAUGGAGCAGUCGACCUGUUUCCCGCUUGAUGCGUCUUGGAUUACAACCAAAUGCUCGAAUGGCGCAAUUCCUUGGACGACUUCGACCUUGUAUGAGGGUACGUUGGCCGGAGGACAGUCGACUAUUAUCAGUGCCGUUUCUUGCUCUUGUGCCAAAGAUCAAUGGUACAGCAUGACCAUGCUUCCAGGUGCAUCGACCGUGGACACUUUCUGCAUGCCCUCAAGCUCCUGCCCAGCAGGCAUGACAACGUCGGUUUCAGUCAAUACCUACUGUGCAACGGCACCGGCAAGCGCGUGUUCGGAUAUUCCUCUAGAAACUAACUACUGCAAAUGCGAAUAUGCAGGGCAGACACCAGUAUAUCCCGACUCCAUUGGAGCAGCUCCGACUGGGUGUGGAGUUUGA